AUGGUGUCCUGCCGUCCAAUCGUUCUCUCUGGCCCAUCUGGUGGUGGAAAAUCUACUAUUCUUACUCGUGCCAUGAAGGAAUAUCCAAACAGCUUUGCUUUUUCUGUUUCUCAUACCACCAGAAAUCCUAGAGAUGGAGAGAAAGAUGGCACUCAUUACCAUUUCACAACUAGAGAUAAUAUUGAGAAAAUGAUUUCGAAUGGAGAUUUUCUCGAACACGCAACCUUCGGUGGUAAUACAUAUGGGACCAGCAAGCGAGCAGUCGCCGACAUUGAAAAAACUGGAAAAAUCUGUGUUUUGGAUAUCGAGUUACAAGGUGUGAAAGCUAUCAAGAACUCGCAUUUGAAUGCCCUCUAUAUUCUUAUCAGAGCUCCAACCAUUAAAGCAUUGGAGGAACGUUUACGAGCUAGAAAUACUGAGACAGAAGAAUCACUCGCCAAACGAUUAAAACACGCUCAAGAAGACUUGGAUGCCGUUGCAAACGACCCAGCUCUUUUCCACCGAGUAAUAAUCAAUGAUGAUCUCGACUUGGCAUAUAAUCAAUUCAUCGAAGCAAUUAAAGAGGAAUUGGCAAAAACAACACAAUAA